ACGGCGCACCCUGCAGUGACACUUAGUUUCCUAUGGAAGCAUUAAGAGGGGACUUUUUAACAGGACUCCAGCUGGUGUUUCUGUGCAUCGUGCAGAUAAAAGGAACCCCAACACCACGUUAUACUGUAGAGUCUCCUCAUAAGCCAUUCUUGGUCUUAUUUUUUGUGGUACUCAAAUAGCAAAGCCCUCUUCCUUCCUGCUUUUGCUCUUCUGUUUAGGUGCAAGAGACAUACACGUAGCUUUCAUAGCUUUUCAUUUCUCUUUUCCCCUCUUUUUCUAAGCAGAAUUUUCUUGAAUUACAAGACUUACUCUCACCCUACUUCCCUCCCCCCAUAUUCUCAGAGCUGUUCACUAAAACUUCUCUGUUUCGUUCAGACUACAGACACUCCUUAGAGUGUGUGAGAGGAAUUCUGUCAAAGUCGUGUUUUUGUUUAUGAUUUUGCAUUGGAACACACUGCAGUCUGCAGGUCUACAAGAGAUAGAUGUGGAGCCUUACAGGAAUAUUGAGCUGGAGUGUCAGGGUCCAGAAAAUGCCAAACUCAUCCUGCUGGCAUGGAAAAGACAUGAUCUGCUAUCGUCUUGUUCUACCGAGAUGAUCUCCCACAUAAAAACUUCCAGGAUCCAAUUUUUAAGGAUUGAGUGAAGCUGAGAGAUCCACAGAUGAAAAAUAUGGAUAUGUCCAUCAUCCUGAGCAACACCACCAUUAAUGACACUGGAACCUACGAGUGUUGUAUCGUUGUGGAAGACACAGGAGACAGUAGGCAAGAAACCUCUGAGAUCAAGCAUGAAAUCAGGCUGAAGGUUAGACUAAGAUGGCGCCGGUGAGGUCGGCUGCCGUCACGACUGCUCCGACCACCUUUUCUUUGUUUUUGUUUUUUAAGUUAGUUUUCAGCGUUUUUAAAUCGACAAAAUCAUCACCAUUGGGUACAUUAGGUAUGACAGUGACACUCUUGUUUCUAUUGGUAUACAAUGUACUCACAAUUAGAAGUUUUUAAUCCCGGAUCCGAGCUGGCCGAGUGAGAUCUUAAGGGAGAACAAAGGACGCGACGCGAAGCGGCGGCCUCGAGGGAAACGAGCCGGCGUCAGGAACAGGCUGAGAGCCCGUGCACACCGCACACCUCUGCCUAGCAUCCUGCUCGCCAACGUCCAGUCACUGGAGAACAAGCUUGAUGACCUCAGGGCCAGGAUAAAGUUCCAGAGAGACAUUCGGGACUGCAAUCUCCUCUGCUUCACCGAGACAUGGCUGAACCCAGCGGUGCCGGACCAUGCCAUCCAGCCGGCCGAGUUCUUCUCGGUUCACCGCAUGGACAAGACACGGGACUCGGGGAAGUCAAGGGGAGGCGGCGUGUGUUUAAUGGUGAACAACAAUUGGUGCAACAGCACGAAUGUUGUUCCUCUCACACGCUCCUGCACACCAAAUCUGGAACUACUGUCCAUCAUGUGUCGUCCUUUUUAUCUACCUCGAGAGUUUACAUCGGUCAUUAUAAGUGCCGUUUAUAUUCCACCACAAGCAGACAUGGACACCGCCUUUUGCGAGCUGCAUGAGGCACUCACCCAGCACCAGACACAACACCGGGACGCCGCGCUUAUUGUGACGGAGGACUUUAAUAGUGCCAACCUCAAACGCGCAGCGCCGAACUUUCAUCAACAUAUCACCUGCCCCACCAGGGGUGAAAGGACACUGGACCACUGCUACACUACGGUCAAGGACGGCUACAAGGCACAAUCUCGCCCUCCGUUUGGCAAAUCCGAUCAUGUCGCCAUCUUCCUAAUGCCAAAAUACAAACAAAGGCUGAAACAGGAAGUUCCGGUUCAGAGGAAGGUCACGCGCUGGACGGACCAAUCGGUGGCCACCUUACAGGACACCCUCGACGACGCAGACUGGGACAUGUUCAGAAACAGCUCCGAUGAUGACGUCAACGUGUUUACGGAAGUGGUUGUGGGAUUCAUCGGGAAACUAGCGGAUGAUACCGUGGAGACAAAGACUAUCACAACGUUUCCCAACCAGAAGCCGUGGGUGGAUAAAACCAUCCGCGACGCUCUGAGAUCCCGCACCGCUGCCUACAACACGGGACUCGCGACGGGGGACAUGGACCCGUACAAAGCCGCGUCAUAUAACGUGCGGAAGGCGGUGAAAGAGGCGAAGCAGCGCUACGGGAGGAAACUAGAGUCACAACUCCAACAGAGCGACUCUAGGAGCCUGUGGCGGGGAUUAAGGACAAUAACGGACUAUAAAGCACCAACAACCGGUAUGACGAACACCGACCUGACUCUGGCAGGCGAGCUGAACACUUUCUAUGCUCGCUUUGAGGCUGCAGCUAAAGACGCUAACGAUGCUAGUGCUAGCAGCGCUAACGGCUGCAGACAGGAAGAUACUGCCAAUACCGGAAACGCGCUCAUCAUCUCCGAGCAUGACGUGAGGAGAGCCUUCAAGAGAGUGAACACCAGGAAAGCAGCAGGACCAGACGGCAUCUCAGGUCGUAUCCUCAGAGACUGCGCAUACCAGCUAGCACCUGUGUUCACUGAGAUGUUCAACAUCUCUUUAUCUCAGUCAGUGAUCCCCACAUGCUUCAAGGAGUCCAUCAUUGUUCCUGUCCCGAAGAAACCCCACCCUGCUUCUCUCAAUGACUAUCGCCCUGUAGCCCUCACCUCAGUAGUGAUGAAGUGCUUUGAACGCCUGGUCAGAGACUUCAUCAUUUCUUCACUACCAGACACACUGGACCCACUACAGUUCGCUUACCGUCCAAAUCGUUCCACAGACGAUGCCAUCUCUCAUCUCCUCCACACAUCACUUACUCACUUGGACUCUAGAAGGGGGAAUUAUGUUAAAAUGCUCUUCAUCGACUACAGCUCUGCAUUUAAUACCAUAAUUCCCUCCACACUCACCACCAAACUGGAGCACCUGGGACUCAGCUCAUCUAUGUGUCAGUGGAUCUCCAACUUCCUAACUGGCAGACCACAGGCAGUAACGAUGGGUGGACAUGGUAAAUGGUCUGUAUUUAUAUAGCGCUUUACUAGUCCCUAAGGACCCCAAAGCGCUUUACACAUCCAGUCAUUCACCCAUUCACACACACAU